GCAAUUGUUUCUUUGAGUUAUUGCGUCCGCCUUUCGCCGUGGCGGUUUGUUAAUGACUUGCGAUCCCCAUCUAGCAAUUGGUGGUCAUGCCUGGAUAGCAACUGUCUUGCAAAUUGUUGACCACUGCUCGUCGUGUGCCGUCGUUACAACAAACGUUGCUGCACGUGGGUUGGAUUAUCACACCAGCCCAGCCUCAAUGGUCCGUCUGCAUAACCUUCACAGAAGGAAUAUCAGACAUUUCAACACUUGUGCUUCGCCGCUAGCGAAGGAGCCUGCAACGAAAACUCGGUGGCAUAGUGAACGGGUUUCCUUACGUACGUACGUUUCGGUUUGGAGUCUAGUCGGCGCUUUCCGUCACCGGGACGAGAACCGGGAUCAGAGCAGAGCACGACUCCACGAAAAAGAUGGCAAUGACUGGUGAAGAAAAGGGGGGGAAUGGGGCAAGCAACUCUUGCUGCGGCCAGGCAAGAGCAAAACCUCUGGUCAUGCCGCUUAUAAGCGACAUGCAUACGCACCUCAGACAAGAUGAAAUGGCAGAGUUCGUCACCCCAAUGAUCAAAAAGGGAGGGUGCCGGUGUGUCCUGGUCAUGCCCAACACCAUUCCUCCCGUCACCACAUGUGCUCAAGCCGCUGCAUACAGAGAGCGCCUCGUCAGGAUAGACCCCAACGUGGACUAUAUGAUGACGCUGUUUCUCUCUCCGGAAGUGUCGGCCGAUGACUUGCGGCAGAAUGCCAAGAUGUGCCAUGUCACCGGAAUCAAGAGCUACCCGAAAGGAGUGACGACAAACUCUGACCAGGGCGUCGAGAGCUACGAACAGUAUUACGGAAUCUUCGAGGCAAUGCAGGAGCUUGGACUAACGCUUCAUUUGCACGGGGAAGUGCCUGGAGUUGCUCCUCUGGAUGCAGAGGAGGCUUUCAUUCCCUUUUUCGAGCAGAUCCAUUCAAGAUUUCCUAGUCUAAAAAUCGUCCUUGAGCAUGUCUCCACCGCUGCGGCGAUCCAAGCGGUCAAGCGCAUGCCUGCGAACGUGGCGGCAACCAUCACGCCCCACCACCUAAUGCUGACGGUUGAUGACGUCGUGAAGCCGGACGCGAUCAAAAGGGCAAUGGAGACUGCAGCACACAGAGGACUCUGCUGUGCAGAGGCAGUCGAGAAGCCCCACAACUUCUGCAAGCCGUUGGCGAAGACCAAGAGAGACCGUGACGCACUCCGACAGGUCAUCCAGGAUGGUGACACGCACUUUUUCCUCGGCUCCGAUUCAGCGCCGCAUCCCAGACUUGCCAAGGAAUCGUCCCCGCCAGCUGCAGGGGUAUUUACGCAGCCGCUUCUUCUAGCUUACCUGGUUAGCAUAUUCGCGGAACUUGGUUGCAUCUCCAAACUUCGGGAAUUCGCAGAUGGCCAUGCUGCAGCGUUUUUCGGCUUUGAGGCUGCAACCCUGGAAGAGAACCUUGAGUGUGCCGUUAUCCAGCCUACGCCUCAGCGGGUUCCUUCCAUUUUCAAGUUCCCUGGCCAAGAAAACGAAGGCGUCGUGCCGUUUAUGGCAUCGCUUGAGCUGCCUUACACAGUGGAAGUACGGCGCUUCAGCCCUUCUCUACUGAAGGAAUGCGACGAAAUUUAAUAUCGCGUUCAUCAUUGUUCGUGCGUGAAGCCGGAUACUAAUGUGUUCUUUCAGCCUGUCACGGUCCAGGACAUUUCUCAUGGGUAAAGACCGUGACGGUGCAGUGAAGGGAAUCAGGAGUGUAUCUACUGCACCCGUUCGCCGUGCAGGAGUUUUUUUAAUGCCGACACCGUGGUUUAAUGGAGGCUUUUGUAAGCGCCGAGAUGCACUGUUUCGGUUUGUGAUGUUUUUUCUCCGAUGACGCCUGAUUCUUGACUACUGACGAGUGGCAGACUGUUACGUGAGCAUCAGUUAUAAGGGGGCGUGCAUAGUUUUGACGUUUCCAUGUGCCGACAAUAGAGCGGUUUUUGUGGCGUUGUGCUUUUCCCCGUACUGCACCGCCGAAAAUAACCGCAGGAUCGCCAUUUAAAAGUACAGAACGCUGCAGGGUUGCCCUGCGUAAAAACUCCUGUAGUCCUG